AUGGACGAGCUCGUGGAAGAGUUCCUUCUCCGCCUGCCACCGGAGGACCCCGCGCUCCUCGCUCGCGCCGCCCUCGUCAGCAGGCAGUGGUACCGCGUCGUCACCGGCCCCUCCUUCCGCCGUAGAUUCCGUGAGUUGUACCGCUCGACACCAUUGCUGGGCUACAUCCUCAGUCGCGCCGACUCCAUCCGCUUCGUCCCUCUGUCAUCAUUUCGCCCGCCCCAUACCCACCGCCGCGGUGUGCGAGCGGUCAGCUCAAGCCAUGGCCGCGUCCUUCUCCAUCGUUUGUCCGGGGAGGAUCUGCUUGCCAUCGCGGACGAGCAGCAGGACCUGCCCGUGCCCGUGAAGCAUCUGGAUGUCCUCCUCUCCGUGUGGCAUCCCAUCACGGACGAGCAGCAGGACCUGCCCGUGGUGCCAGUGCGGCCGACCCGAUACCAGAACACGGCCAACUGGGACGCGGCCGUCAUCUGCGCCGGAGGCGACGGCUGCGACCAUCUCCACUGCCAUUUCAAGGUAGUCUUCGUGGGAAAUCGUGAAGACAGGGAUUUCUCUUGUUUCUACUCAUCCGAGGCGGGUAGCUGGAGUGAUCCCGUCUUUGCUGCUGCGGAGUCCGAGAAUUUCUUUCUCCCAGGGAAAUGUAUCCCCAUUGGCACUGCCUUCUACACCACGUGUAUAUGUACCAAUGAAAUCGUCAAGUAUGACUUGCGGACACAUCAAAUGUGUAAUAUUUCCAUAACAAUAGGACCUGGUGUCCCACCCGACAUCAUGGAACAUAGCUCUAGGCUUAUUGCUGCAGAGGAUGGUAGGCUAGGAUUUGCCAGGGCAAGCAAUUCAACACUUGGCCUGUGGCUAAGGGAGAAUGGGAGAUUGGAAGAAAGCAGAGCCAUUGACCUUCACAUGCUACUCCCAGCUGAUGCCCUGCCUGAUCCGGUACUAGAACCAUCUGAAGCCAUCCUAGCCAAACCUUUGGUGAUCGCCUUUGCAGAUACUGGAGCUGGUGUCAUUUUCUUAUGGACACGUGCUGGGUAUUUCACCAUCGAUCUGAAGUCUGGGAGUUGCAAAAAGGUAGGGGAGGUCUCUUCAGGUCGCGUUGUUCCCUACGUGAGCUUCUGCACUCCAGCACCAGGAGCUGGUGUUGCCAUUUCUUCAGAUGAGAUGCCAGUAGCUGAUAUUGCGGUCUCUAGAGACGAGGGACCAGGAGCUGGUGUUGUGGUCUCUAGAGAUGAGGGACCAGGAGCUGGUGUUGCGGUCUCUGCAGAUGAGAGGCCAGGAGCUGCUGGCAUGUGUCAAGUGCCUAAGGAGCUCAAAUUACAAGUGCAAGGGCCUCUAAAUCAAGAGGGAAAUGAAUAG